AUGAAUUUGGACAUGGCUAAUAUAAUAUUCUCUAUAUUAGAUUUUUAGACUGUGUUUACAGGAUUUGUAUGCGCAUAUUUAUUAGUAAUAUCCGGUUGUUAAGAAAUUAACGAAUAAUACUAAGGAACAUAUUAUAUGCCUUUAUUUUUCUUGGCUUUGAAUUUAAUUAUUGCUGGUUUAGUUUCUUUAAUAAGUUUAAAACCAUUAGAUAAUGAAGUUGGAAUAGCUACAUAGAUAGCAAAAUCAAUUAAAAUCUAAAUCUUAAUUUGUAAUGGAAUUUCUAUGCUUUUCUUUUUAUUUUUUACUAUAUUUUUAAUGCCUUAAUAAUUCUCUAUAGGCGAAAAAAAACAACAUACUUUUUCACACCUAGAUAUUUCCAGAGCUGAUGCCAUCUGGUCUUUAAUUACAGGACUUUUCGCCUAAGGAUUUUUUUUAAUUUAUGCUGAAUAUAUGACUUCCCAUUAUCAUAAACCAGCUUAGUAUUAGGCUAAUAUUAGUAUUUUCUUUGCAUUUUUGUAUUUCUGUUUUGUAUGUCUUAUUGGUUAUUUGCUGGCUGGAUUUUUCGGUAUUGCUUGCUGUGCUAUGGGUUUAAUUACUGGACCUUUUUGCCUUAUUUCGAUUAAUAUUUUUGCAGGUUUUACUUCUGAAGCUUUCGCUAUGUCAGCUGUAGGAUGCGUUUUUAACGAGGUGAGAAAUAAGGUUUAUUAAUUAGCCUGGACUACUAAGAAUUAUAGUAUAUUCCCUCAAAUAAUAGUUGCUGUAGGAAUUCUUCUUGCAAACUUAAUAAGUGCAGGGGCUUCCCUUAUUAUUACUUAAGAAGAAGAAGUCUAUAUUUGGGAUGCCUAUGGACUUUUUGGUUUACUUAUAGGUGGUUCGAUUAUUUAUUUAAUCAAAGGAACUUCUACACUAGGAGUUAAAGAUGUAGCUGAAAAUUUAAAAAAUAAUUACGAUAAUGCUCCUUUUUAAGGGGAUGAUUCAAAUUUAAGGAAAGUUUAAACUUUAGUUUAUUCUUAAUAUAAUAAUGCCAUUUAUAAGGCUUCUUUUAACAUAGGAAUAGGUUUAUUCAAUAUUGCAUUUAUUGGUUUACUAUUAGGCUCUAAAGCAUUAAUAGCAUUUUUAUUAGGGAUGAAUCUUGUAGGAAUAUAUUUAGCCUUCAGUUCUUUAAUUAUAGGUUAUAGUACUAAAAAUGCUCGUGAAUAUAAUCGUAAUGUAGGAGAAUUAACAUAAGGAGAUGAGGUUCCUAUACAAACAGAUAUAGCAAAUACUGCAAUUGAGAAUGUUCCAGGAACUUCUCUUGUUAUUUAUUUGAUUUUCUUUUCUUUGGUUAUAUUAUUAGGAUCUAAGCAUUGGGCUUAAUAUGGAUUCUUUAGAAAAUGGGCUGAUGUAGACUAAAAUCUAUAAUUUAUUGCUGAUUCUACAACUGGAUGGACAGCUGCACCUUUAUCAGGUUUAGAAAAAACAAUUGAAAAUAUGUAAAAAAGUAUGCGAAAUGUUUUUGAUGGAGAAUAAUAAGACAAUUAAUAAGAUAAAUCAUUUUUUUAUUGAAAAAAAUA